UGUCAGAUUUAUGGGAAAACGUAAUGGCGUAAAUGUACUUUCUUAAGGAAUAUCGGAGCACCCAACAGAAUUACCAGUCUAACGGGUCUUCACUGUGCCAUGGAGUUCGGCGAUGGUAUUUUAUAGGCUCUUCUUAUAGUAUUAAUGGAAACAUCGACGUGCAGUGCUUUUUAGAAGCGAUUAUAUCUUGCAUUGUGGCUAUCAAUGCAUCAUUGCCUCCAGCACCGGCUGACCCACAAGCAACGAUCGUCUUCGGCGGAUGAAAUGCUCCGAAGGUCAUCCGAGAAGGCUCUUUUAAGUUUUCCUGACAAUCCCUGCAGAUCCAGGUUAGACAACCAUCCAGUUGCUUAGUAUUUAGGGCGAGACACCUACAAUGGCAAAAAGGUGCACAUUGUAAACCGGAUUUUUGGGGUUCAGAUGAGAGCAAAAACACAUACGUGCUAGCGUUCACACUACUUCUGUUGUUCAAGAGUAUUGCGAAGCGCAAAGGGUGUUAUAACCACA